UUCGCAAGGAAACUUGAUGUCAUUAAUGAUUCUGCGUCCGGGUACUUCAAUAUUAUGGCCCCGGUGAGGGCCGCGACAUUUGGUGUUCUGAUGGAAACGGUGUUUGGAAUCUCUGACAUAGAAGACGAGGAGUUUGAAAAGAAAGGGCACAUAAGACGAAUGCAAAUAAUCUGCGACGGAUUUAUUUCACGGAUUUGCAAUGUCGUUUACUGGUGGGACAUCCUCUACGAAUUCAGCCGCGAGGGCAAGAACUACCACAAUAUAUCGCAGAUACUGAGAAACUAUUGCCGCCAGAUAAUUACGGCGCGCAAAGAAGAACUGAUGGACAAGGGCUACGAGAGGAACUCCACGAGGUCGUUUAUGGACAUUCUUCUUCAAAUGCACAUGCAAGACGGAACACUUACUGAGGGUGACAUUUUAGACGAAAGCGUCACAAUAAUGGGGGCUGGAUUCGAUACAACCGCCACGGCGGCAGCGUUUUGCCUGUACCUUCUGGGAAAUCACCUGGAGGUUCAAGAAAAGCUGCACGAAGAACUUGAUAGGGUUUUUGCAGACGAUUUUGACCGCCCAGUAACUUUGGAUGACCUCAGGGACCUGCCGUACUUGGACUGCGUGAUUAAGGAAACAUUGCGGCUGUAUCCUUCAGUCCCGCUGGUGGCACGUAACAUUGAAGAGGACAUGAAAAUUGGCGAACAGCUAAUCCCCAGAGGAACAAUAGUAAUCACGCUGAUCUACUUCCUGCAAAGACACCGGAACUUCUACAAAGACCCGAACAACUUCGUUCCUGAAAGAUUCCAGGAAAACAACGGAAGACAUCAUUACGCCUACAUUCCUUUCUUUGGAGGGCCGAGGAAUUGUAUCGGUCAGCGGUUCGCGGUGCUCAAAGCCAAGGUGCUGGUCGCUCAGGUAAUGAGGCGCUUUAAGAUUAAAUCGAAACACCCAGAGAGCGAACUUCAGCUGGAGAUGGGAAUUGUUCUGAGGUCAUCUCAAGAUCUGGACGUGAUACUCGAACGAAGGAAGCGAACUCUGUGA